UUUUAAAAAAAAAGAGAAGAAGAAGGUGGAAGAGCAAGUUGACGUAAAAGACAAGUUUCAUGGACACCGAGAAAUUGUUUGCUAAUCCAAUGAUGUUAAUUCAUUCGGUAACAUGCAAUUCUAUUGGACUCUGAUGAUCAUUUUAUAUUUUAUUUUUAUUUACAUAUCCUGUAAACUAGUAGAAAGCCUUCUUUUUAUUCAUAUAGGUUGGAUAAGUUUCAUAUGUAUACAUCGCAAACAAAUACAUUAUCAAACAUAUAUAGAUUUGAAUUGAUUCCAAACUAAACUCUAUAAAUACUGUAUGGUAUGAGAAUCAUUAGAUCUAGUUAUCUAAAUAUGUCUUCCAAAUUACAAAAAAAAAAAAAAACAAGUUCGGCCAUCAACGAAAUGGGAGUGUUGUUAUAUCUUCUUUUGUGAGUGUUACAAAAAAAAAUCUUCUUUUGUGUUUCUUGGCAUGAAGAGUCUUAAAAUCUAUUGUCUUAGAAAGGCACAUCAAACUUUAAUCAUGAGAUAACUCCGUUUAAACACAUGACCAAGUUUUCAAUCAACAGAUCAAUGUGAACUCACAACUUACUACUUAAAUUGUAAACGUACAAGUGCCAUAAAAGCCCCGUUGAAGCCUAAAGAAAAAGGUGCUUCUUAACCUUUCGACUAUCAUAGUAUAGUGUACUUUAUAAUAUCUUAGAUUUAACUUAUCUCAAAACCAUACUAUUUAUUCAUAAAUUUUAAUUUCCAGAUUAUAACUAAUAGUAGAAGAGGCCAUCCAAACUCCUUAAAACGAAGAACCCUGAAUCUCUUGGAGUAUUUGAUAGCUGAUUCUUGCGUACUAGAUAAAUUACACAUGUAGUAUAAGAGCAUGAUUAUUAGGAAAUUCUUAAGGUGAAGUUAUUAACGGAAUAUAAGAAUCCGUUUCUGAAUUUUUAACUAAAAAAGUUCAGAAUUGAUUCUUAAAUAAGAGUUUUAAAAACCAGUUUUUAAUUUUUUUAGUUAAAAGUUAAGAGACGAGUUCUUAUAUUCCGCUAAGAACUCCACUCUAAGUCUGUAUAACACAAUUUUUUAUUAAUUUAUUAUGGAAAAUACUCAAAUUUCUAUCACUUGUCUAAAAUUAUGAGUAUUGGCCUUGAAAGUCAACGACCUCUUUGGGUAAAAGAGGACGGACAGAAGAUUACCAAAGCAGCAUCUGUUGUCAGGCACAUGUACAUUCUCUUUUCCUUUUUAAAACAUCAGUAUAACUCUAUUAAUUUGCCAUUUAUGUGUAUGGCCACGUGGACUUUUUUUAUUGGAUGACAGAAGGUAAUUGGGAAUGGUGAGCUGGGACGCGAAAAAGAGCGAGCGCUCUUUGUAUAAUUUUCACUUUCCAUUUAUCUACUUUUUAGAUUUUAUAAACUGGAUAUCUCAGCAAAAAAUUACUCAGUAAUCAAAUCUUAUACUCCCUCUGUUCCUAAAUAUAGAAUAUUUAGAAUAGUUUUUAUUUUUCAAUACGUAGGAUGUUCUUAUUUUUCUAAGUAGCUUUAAGUUUAUCAAAAACUGUGUAACCAAUCAAAUUUAAUAGUUUUAUUUUGAAAUUGGUUGAAUAGUUUUUAAUUUAAAAAUUUAAUGAUAUUUUUUAGAUAAAAAGUAACUUUCUUAGUAAAUGUGUUUUACCUAAAAAAUCUUAUAUUUAGGAACAAAGGGAGUAUUGUAUAGUCUAAUUUCAGCGGUGACUAGCGAGUAGUGUAUAUUUAUGAUUUAAAACUUUUCAAUGUAAGUACAAUACUUUAAAAAAUAUAUAUAGGACACUUGCCCAAAAAGUUGAAAGACAACCCCGGUCAAUAGACUGGGGUUCUUAAUUAUUUGACAUUUUUUUGUUUUUUUGUUUUUUUUACACUUUUCGGACUAAGAGACGGUUUUUAUAUAUUUUAUUUAGACGGUUCUUAGUUUUUCUUAGUUAAAAUUUAAGAAAAGAUAAGAACCGUCUUUUAUCCGAAGUUAAGAAAUCCAGUUAAGAGACUGGAGUUAAUCCUGGUGUCAUAACGAAGGGUUAAAGAGUUAAGGGGACAUCGCACGAGCUUUUUUCGUGGAUUUUCGUUGAUUUAUUUUUUCGCUCUUUCUUUCUGACUUUGUUCUUUUAGAUUUGUAUGCACUCUACUUUAGCACUUUGCGAUUUUUAAUAGUUUUUCCGUAAUAUCCAAGACUAUUGUGGAUACAUAAUUGAUGAUCAAUAAUACAAUUUAUAGCAGACAUGACUAAACUUGGAUUUAAACGGCUUGUCUUUUAUUCUAUAUAUUGUUUGACGUUUGAUUUGUAUGUUAUGAGUUACGACACUGAGCUGACACCAAUUCAUCAAUCGUCUAAGUUAAAUGCAUUGUUGAAAACCAGCACUGCUUCGAAAAAGAUACUAACAUGCAUUAUCAAAUAUACUUAACUGGCGGAUGUACAUCGAUUAAGAAGGUGGCACUUGCACCCAUGAAAAUUUCAAAUUGUUUGUAACAUACCUAAAUUUUACCAUUUCUCUCCUACUAAAGAAUACAUUUUAACCUUAUUUUUAUAUUAUAUGUGGUUUGCCCCCUCAAAAAUUUUAUGCUACGUACAUCCGCCACGCCACUGCUUAACUCCAAUCUUCAUAUAACUGAGCAUAAUAUUUUGUAAAAAUAGUCAUGUAAGGUUUGGUGUAGUAUCGCCUCGACGAUCAAGAAUUAAAUUCUUUACAAUAUUUCAUUUGCACACUUCUUAUGGCCACUUAUGGGGUUCUUAGCUCAAAAAUGCCUAUGUUAGAAAAAUACAUUUCGGAAUUAACACUUAGUUAUAUAUAUAGAUAUAGAACAUACUAUAUGACAUAAACUAAAUUUACUCCUUCAAAUUUCCUAGUCUCAACCGAUAGAAUUUUUUAGAAAUACCACCCUCGAUAACUAUGAUUAUAUAUCUUUGAUAUCUAAUGUUUUGCAUGUGCCCAUACUAGCAGUGGAAAUGGGAAUGUACCCCUAUAAAGCAACUUCUAUAUCGAAUCACAACACCAACAUACAUUUAUGUAAACUAGACACACAAGUUUAUAAGUAAAUAACAAAAUCCAGGAGAACCCUUUCCGUGUGUCACCAUAGUAACCAUUGAAUGUUAUGCAUUUCUAGGGAUUCAAUUUAAUUUCUCGUUCUUAGAACUUCAACAGGCUGAAACAGAUCAAAAUGUAGUCUAAUUUCUACAUAUCUUCAAGGUUGCUCCGCGGUGUAUAAGCCGAGAUCAAAGGCGUGACGUUCUCUCCAAUACAUGGUGGCUAUAUAUAUAAUUAAUUAAGUUUGUAGGGUUAGUUUUCUUUUUAAAGUUAAAUGUAUAGUUUAAUCUGUGGGCCGUAGUAAAAUGUAGAAGAAUGUUGGUGGACUCGUGGGGAUAUGUGCUUUAAUAUGUAGUUUCUGAGUUGUAUAAAAAAGCAACAUGGGGAUAACAUCUAAACACAAUAUUACAAAUUUACAAAAAGCAGUUUAAAAUAUAUUUUUUUAACUUAAAAAUCUCUCUGUUAAGUAGUCAAAGUUUGGAACUUGAACACCAUCAAAUUCAUCAAUCUUACUCCAAGUUGUCUAAAUCCCUUCCCAUUCUAUCUCUAUAAUAACCAAUCUUUAUUCACCAAACAACUUAAGUUCAUACAUAUAUAAAUUAAUUCUCUCUGUCACAGAACGUAAAAAAACAACAACAUGAAGUUAUUCGGGUGGAUGCAAAACAAGCGAAAUGCGAAAUAUGAGAAUCAUAACAGGACAAGCACUUCCUCUGCUUCAUCUCAUCAUGUGAAGCAAGAGCCUAGAGAGGAGUUUAGCGACUGGCCUCACGCGCUGCUCGCUAUUGGAACUUUUGGUUCAACAACCAACGGUGUGAGCCAAAACGAAAGCAAGAAUGUUCAUGAAGAGAUAGAAGAAGGAGAGAAGAAGUCUAUCUCACAAACCGGUCAAGAAGAAGAGCCUUCUUCCUCUGAUGAUAUUGAUGAUUUUACUCCCGAGGAGGUGGGGAAGUUGCAGAAGGAGUUGAUAAAGCUCUUGUCAAGAACUAAGAAAAGGAAGUCUGAUGUGAAUAGAGAGCUCAUGAAAAAUCUUCCAUUGGAUAGAUUCUUGAAUUGUCCAUCGAGUUUAGAGGUCGAGAGGCGAAUCAGCAAUGCGCUAUGCGCUGUUGUGGAUUCAUCUGAAGGGAAUAAGGAUGAAGAUAUGGAACGAACGAUUAACGCUAUAUUAGGUAGAUGCAAAGAGAUAUCUAUAGAAAGUAAGAAGAAGACAGACAUAAGCAAGAAGUCUUUCUCAUAUCUUUUCAAGAAGAUCUUUGUUUGCUCAGAUGGAAUUUCUACGUCACCAAGCCCUAGCUUGAGAGACACGCUCCAAGAAUCGAGAAUGGAGAAGUUGUUGAAGAUGAUGCUACAUAAGAAAAUUAAUGCUCAAGCCUCCUCAAAGCCAACAUCAUCUACAACAAAGAGAUACUUGCAAGACAAGAAACAGCUCUCUUUGAAGAGCGAAGAAGAAGAAGAAACCAACGAGAGAAGAAGCAGUAGUGAGGGACAUAAAUGGGUCAAAACAGAUUCUGACUGUGAGUUUUCAUCAAAUACUCAUUAACUUUACUAAAAUUCAAAAAGAAACAAGAGCUGACUCGAUCUUCUUUUGCUUACAGUCAUAGUUCUUGAGAUCUGAUGGGUCCUUCAAGCUCUUGGAAUAACCUAUCAACAACAAAGGUAACUAAGAUAACACAAGUGAAUCUCUUAAGCUUUUUGUGUUUCUCUUUCCUAAAACUUACGUGAGAUACUCGGUUUUAUCAACUAUGCAGAUUCAACUCUCGUCGAGAAAAUUCAAAAAGAAACAAUGAAACGGUUUCCUUAUUUCGGAGGAAAAUUUUGGAGCAUCAGCACAUGUAUACCUUCUUGUUUUUUUGCAUGAUUUGUUCUGUGGCCAAUUUGGUCCAUUGAACCAAACAUGUUCUUGAGACAUACAUACAUGUGUAUCGGAAUGCAUGGACACAUACAUGUGCCUAUGUGAUCAUUUGUGUAAUUUUAAGGUGGAUAACCUUAGUUUAUAAAGAUUAGUACUGCUUCUUCAUUAUUACAUUCUUUCUGCAUUUGAUUUAGUUAUUUUGUAAAAGACAAGUAAGAUCUUGAAAUGAAUAAUAAUACUUGUUCUAGUUUAACCAACUCAAACAAUUAGACUCUUAGAUCAUUCUGUCCCAAUUUCUAACCCAUAUACCACUACUUGGUUGAGUUAACUAAUCAAACAAUUUAUAUUAAAACUACUAUUACCACCUGUGCUGCGCACAAAUCAAUUCACUUUUUUCAAAAUUAGUUAAUCAUCGUCGUAAAUUUUCAAUUAGAGUAAAUAUUAUUUAAAAUAUUGUAUGAACAGUGGCACAUGAUAUUAGAAGUAUAUGCGUUGAAACAAAACGGUUAAAGGGAUAAACCAAUAACUUUGAUUUCAUUAUAAAAUUGAUACAUGUUUGUAGAAUUUUUCAAAAGUACAUAAAAUAUAUACCAAAAUACAAAAUAUACUUGAAAUACAAUAUUUGAUGAUUACAUACAGAAUAACAAAUACUUAAUGUAGUUUAGUGCAAAAUUUAGAUAGGAUGAACGUAAUAAAUUUACUAUUUAAAGUUUUGUAGAUUAAAAUUGACAUUUUAUGUUAAUUUACCUAACAUCUUUUUUUUUCCAAAAAGCAUACAUUU